AUGGAGAUCUGCCACCCAAAGAACAACAUCACCAUGUGCCCUCUAUGUGACAGAGUGUGCAGCUACUGGAAACUUAGCACUGCCUGCGGAACAGCCAGGGCCAGUCACCUGUUCGACAAUCCUGCCACCGUUUUCUUCUCUAUAUUCAUGGCUCUUUGGGCUGCCAUGUUCAUGGAGUAUUGGAAGAGGAGGCAGAUGAGACUGAACUAUGAAUGGGACCUGACUGGGUUUGAAGAUGAGGAGGAAGCUCUCAAGGACCACCCCAGGGCUGAAUAUGAAUUCAGGGUCUUGCAGAAGUACGUAAGCAAAGAUCACAAAUCACAGCACAAGAUGGAAAAGCUCACAUGUCGAGACCGCCUCCCUGCCUACAUGACUAAUAUUGUCAUGAUGCUGUUAAUGAUUGGUGUUACGUUUGCCAUUGUGUUUGGCGUGAUCCUCUACCGGAUUUCUACCAAAGCCGCUCUUCAUUUGAGUUCCAAUCCAGUCACUAGGAAUCAUGUACAGCUGACAGUGAAAACCACUGCAGCCAUCAUCAACCUGGUGGUCAUCCUCAUACUGGACGAGGUGUAUGGAGCUGUGGCACGAUGGCUGACUGUGUUAGAGGUUCCUAAAACAGACAGGAGUUUUGAGGAACGACUCAUCUUCAAGACUUUCAUUCUCAAGUUUGUCAAUGCUUUCACCCCCAUUAUCUACAUUGCUUUCUUCAGAGGAAGACUGGUAGGCAGACCAGGCAGCUACCUGUAUGUGUUUGAAUCCUACAGAAUGGAAGAGUGUACCCAUGGAGGCUGUCUGAUGGAGCUGUGUAUCCAGCUAAGUAUCACCAUGUUGGGAAAACAGCUAAUUCAGAACAACCUUUUUGAGAUUGGAAUACCCAAGCUGAAGAAGCUGAUUCGCUACAUUCGGUCAAAGCAAGGGGCUUUUCAAGAAGAAGAGAGACAGAAGAAGCUGCAGAGAUAUGAAAGUGACCACUUCCUGGAACCAUUUGCUGGGCUAACACCUGAAUAUAUGGAAAUGAUCAUCCAGUUUGGUUUUGUUACAUUGUUCGUUGCAUCCUUCCCCUUGGCUCCACUCUUUGCUCUGCUCAACAACAUCAUCGAAAUACGACUUGAUGCCAAGAAAUUUGUGACUGAGUUGCGAAGACCCGUGGCAGCAAGAGCCAAAGACAUUGGUAUAUGGUACAACAUACUAAGAGGGGUAGCAAAAGUGGCCGUCAUCAUUAAUGCAUUUGUCAUCUCCUUCACUUCCGACUUCAUCCCUCGGAUGGUCUAUCAGUACAUGUACAGCCCUGAUGGCUCCAUGCAUGGAUUUGUCAACCAUACGCUGUCCUACUUUAAUGUCAGCCACUUCCAGGAUGGCAAAGAGACCAUGGAUCCGUUGCACCUUGGCUACCCAGUUGAGAUCUGCAGGUAUAAGGACUACAGAGAACCUCCUUGGUCAACCACUCCAUAUGAGAUCUCUAAGGAAUUCUGGGCAGUACUGGCUGUCCGACUGGCUUUUGUCAUUGUUUUCCAGAAUGUUGUGAUGCUCAUGAGCGACAUUGUGGACUGGCUAAUUUCAGACAUCCCUAAAGACAUCAGCCUCCAGAUCCUCAAGGAGAAGAUUCUGUUGGUAGACCUAUUCAUGAGGGAAGAACAAGGCAAGAUCCAUGUCUCAGAGAGCAGAGGCUCUACAGAGCACAAGGACAACUGCAGUAUGAGCUACAACAACAACAACAACGACAACAACAGCACAAUGGCUCGCCCACGCUGCGGACUGCAUACCAACAACACUGAAAGCCUCUAAUACUAGUAACAAUGAAUUCUUAGUUUAGCCUUAGUUAGCAAGUCAAAGUUUGCUCAGGCCAACCUAGAAUCUUGUUCAGAACAUUCCAACAAAUAGGAGAGCAGCUGAUAAUGUGUGAGUUAAGUGAAAGUGCACAUAUGGGGCCAAAUAUGUUGCAGUGUGUGUGGAGAGUUGUGAAACUGUAUCUCAAUCCGUGCUUACUCUGAUUUCUCUAAAUGUGUACUCAGGUUUGCCAGUGCAUAUAAGAAUUACGCAUGCUUAGAUUUGCAAAGUCUACAUAAAUCUCUAAAUGUGCAUACGAUUUAUACAAGUGUAUAAUAAUCUUAAAAUGUGUACUCAGAAAGGGGGAUAUUUACUAAGCUUGUCACAAAUUACUGUUGGGUGCAAAUUCUUUGGGGUAUUUACAAAGAUUACAGAUGUGAAUGAGAAUGUGAAUUUUUUUUGUUGAAGACCCAUUUGGA